CAUCAAACUCGAGCGUAUCCAAUACCGUUGUCUCCGCAUCGCAAUGGGCUCUAUGCCCUCAACGCACAACAUGAGUCUUGAAGUUUUGGCAGGAAUACUCCCUUUGAAAGAUCGAUACAAUCUACUAUCACUUCGGUUCCUCAUCAGGUGUGAGGUCAUGAACCCAUUGGUGAUCGUUAAUUUUGAAAGGUUACUUGAGCAAAAUUUUCGAACAAGAUUUAUGUCUGUAUACUAUGUCCUCAUGUCAAUGCAGGUAAACCCUUCUUCGUACUCUCCAACUCGUGUUUUCAGCCCACACUACGAUAAUUCUUCUGUCCAGUUUGAUUUGUCUAUGCAGCAGGAAAUUCGUGGAAUCCCGGAUUCGCAUCGCCCACUUCUGAUUCCAAGAAUUUUCGAAGCUAAAUAUAGACACGUCGAUGCUGACAAAAUGUACUUUACCGAUGGGUCUCUAAUUGAGGAAUCAACGGGAUUCGGAGUGUUCAACGAAACAACUAGCGCCUCUUAUAACCUCCAGUCUCCAUGCUCUGUGUAUAUAGCAGAGUUAGCUGCUAUUCACUGGGCCUUGGACAGCAUCGCCUCACGGCCUGUUGGGCACUACUACAUUGUAACGGAUAGUCUAAGCUCAGUUGACGCAAUACGAUCAAUACGACCGGGAAAGCACUCGCCGUUCUUCCUAGAGAAGAUACGGGAUACUUUGAGUGCUUUAACAAGACGUCGCUUUCCCAUUACCUUUGUUUGGGUUCCCUCUCAUUGCUCGAUAGUGGGCAAUGAGAAGGCAGACUCUCUGGCAAAGGUGGGGGCGACGGAAGGCGACACGUAUCCACGUGAAAUCGUCUUCAACGAAUUCUACUUCUUGGUACGAGGGAACUCUCUUGUCAACUGGCAGCGCAAAUGGGACGAGGAUGAGGAUGGUCGGUGGCUCCACUCGAUUAUCCCAAAGACGCGGUACUCUAUCGUUUUGACAUUGCUGGCAGCAAUUUGUGUAGUUGCGGCCAAGGUUACCAUGACAUCGAGCAUAUUGUUUGGUCGUGUGAGGUCCAUCUUGUCGCCAGAACGAAUUUAAUAGACUCCCUUAGGGCCCGAGGAAAACCACCUAAUGUUCCAGUUAGAGAUGUACUAGCUGUGCUAGAUUUGGACUACAUGUUCGAAAUCUACCUUUUUCUAAAAGCUAUCGAUCUUCGUCUAUAAUUUCUUUUUUAUUUUCAUAUUUCCCUUUCUAUCUUCCUUUCUCCUCUCACAAAGUGUUAAGUUAAGAAAACAAUUGUAAACAACAAAAUCGAUUUUGGCUCCUUAAAGCCUAAAGGUAUGAGCCGUUUCAAA